UGCCUUUUCAUUUCGUCCCCAUGGUUGCUCAUCUACGACACUCUCGCAGCUUGGCGUUGGCAAAGUCUCGAAAAGUCCCUGGCUGGCAACAUCAAUUUUGAUAGUAUUUUUCCUUUCUUUUUUUUCCCUUUUCCUUUUCUGUGUCUUCUGUUUUGGUACAGUGAGGGCUCGGUCACCAAGAUGGCGGCCGAGCACAGUGCUGGGCAUGAUCCCAUCGCCAUCAUAGGCAGUGCUUGUCGCUUUCCAGGCGACGCGUCUUCGCCAGCCAAGCUAUGGGACGUACUCCGACAACCCCCAGAUCUCUUGCGCGAAAUACCAAGAGAUCGUUUCAACGCCGACAGAUUCUUUCAUCCAGACAGCCAACACCAAGGCACAAGCAAUGUGCGCCACUCGUACACCUUGUCCGAAAAUAUACGGGCUUUCGACGCCCAAUUCUUCGGUGUCAGUCCGGUGGAGGCUACAGCAAUGGAUCCGAGUCAGAGGAUACUGCUAGAGGUGACUUAUGAGGCUUUGGAAGCAGCAGGUAUCCCGAUGGAAAACUUGAAAGGCUCAUCAACUGGAGUAUUUGUUGGCGUCAUGGGGGAAGAGUACACUGCAGUCGCAGGUCGCGAUCUUGCAAGUCUGCCAACCUACUUUGCAUCAGGUACCGCGAGAAGUAUACUGUCCAACAGGCUAUCUUACUUCUUCGAUCUACGCGGCCCUUCCAUGACGAUUGAUACAGCAUGCUCCUCAAGUCUUGUCGCUCUACACCAAGCUAUCCAGAGUCUGAGAAGUGGGGAGUCUUCUGUGGCUAUUGUUGCAGGAGCAAACCUGCUACUAGCACCAGAACCCUACAUUGCGGAAAGCAAGCUGAAGAUGCUAAGCCCUACUGGGAGGAGUCGGAUGUGGGACAAGGCGGCGAAUGGCUACGCUCGUGCCGACGGCUUUGGAGUGCUGGUCUUGACACGUGUCUCUAGAGCAAAAGUGAAUGGAAACCACGUGGAGGUUAUUGUGAGAGAGACGGGAGUCAAUCAAGAUGGGCGUACAAAAGGGAUCACCAUGCCCAGCUCUGAGGCACAGGCACGGCUGAUACGGAUGACAUACAAGAGAGCCGCUCUAGACCUAUCUAUACCGUCGAGCAGACCGCAAUAUUUUGAGGCCCAUGGGACAGGAACUGCUGCAGGUGACCCAAUCGAAGCGGAAGCUAUAGAUAAGGUUUUCUUCCAGCCCGACCCGACCAGCACGAGUUCUGACGCUUCUGGGCGACUUUACGUCGGAUCUAUCAAGACCGUUCUGGGCCAUACAGAAGGUACAGCCGGUAUAGCCGGACUGAUGAAGGCAAUGUUGAGUUUACAACACGCAACAAUUCCACCAAAUCUGUUGCUGGAUCAGCUGAGCGAGAGAGUGCGACCGUUUGCUAAGCAUGUUAUCAUCCCCACGGAAGCCAGAUCGUGGCCACAUUUACCGGAAAAUGUCCCAAAAAGAGCCAGUGUGAACAGCUUCGGUUUUGGUGGGACUAAUGCACAUGCCAUCCUCGAGAACUUCAUUGAUCCGACCGCACAACCUACGAACCAAAACACAGGUGCAUCAUCGCCUCUGAUACCCUUCAACUUUUCUGCCGCUUCCCAGACGUCCUUAAGGGCCAUGCUGGAUGGAUAUGCAAAGUUCAUCAGAGCGAACGCGGAGGUGUCGUUGAAGGACCUUUCAUGGACACUGAACGCUCGCCGGUCAACACACCCAAUUCGUAUCUCUCUGGCAGCCUCCAACCCGAGCGAUCUAGCUGAUAAACUUCAAAUGACGAUUGAAGACAAUAUAAGUAUCAGCAAACUUGGGAGUCACGGCAUGGAUCUUGCAGAGCCUCGAUUUAUUGGCGUUUUCACCGGCCAGGGUGCCCAGUGGGCAGGCAUGGGGGCGAACCUGAUCCAAUCUUCAUCUGCCGUCAGACAUUGUUUGGAAAAGCUACAAAGAUCAUUGGACACCUUAAGACAAGAGCAUGCACCAUCAUGGAGAUUAUUGGAUGAGUUGAUCGAACCUGAUUCCCAGCGAAUAAGCCAACCGGUUUUUUCACAGACUCUCUGCACCGCCAUUCAGAUUGCCAUCGUAGAUUUGCUUAGAGCUGCAAGAGUCAAUCUUGUUGCCGUUGUUGGCCAUUCAUCGGGGGAGAUAGGCGCAUCAUAUGCUGCUGGAUAUCUAAGUGCCGAAUGCGCAAUACGAAUCGCAUAUUAUCGAGGUUUCUUUGCGAAUGUUGGGAACAACUCUAGCGACGCCGCAGGUGCGAUGAUGGCCGUGGGUACAUCAUUCCAAGAUGCCAGCGACCUGUGCGAGCUGCCUUUUUUCAGAGGUCGUAUGUGCGUAGCCGCGGUCAACUCGCCGAUGAGUGUGACCCUAUCUGGAGACGCCGCAGCAGUCAAACAUGCUGGUAUUGUGAUGACAGACGAGAAGAAAUUUGCAAGGAUGCUGAAGGUUGAGAAAGCGUAUCACUCUCACCAUAUGGUCCCUGCCCUGGAGCCAUAUUUGCAGGCUCUCGAGAAAUGCAACACGCAGGCCAAACCGCCGGCACCGGAUUCGAAGUUCCCACACUGGGUUUCCAGUGUUACAGGCGACCGGACUGAAGGUGUGGAUCAGGAUUAUCUCAGUCGAAACUAUUGGGGGGAUAACAUGGAGCAGACAGUACUGUUCUCAAGUGCUUUGGAGUAUGCCACUGGAGCUCAUGGUCCUUUCGACGCAGCAAUCGAGAUCGGACCUCACCCAGCACUCAAGACACCUGCAUUAGACACGAUGAAGAACCUGUAUGGCGAAGAAAUUCUCUACUGCGGCACACUUCAAAGAGGCACCAACGAUAUUGAAGCGAUUGCUAGCACUUUCGGCACACUUUGGACAGCUUUUGGCAGGAAAGCAGUGGACUUCGAUGCCCUUCAUCGAUAUCUCUGUGAGGUCGGCGACCCGCCAGCAAAACUCAUCAAGGGGCUUCCUACGUAUUCAUGGAUGCAUGAACGGGAUUACUGGCACGAAACACGGCAGACAAGAUCAUUCCGAAGCGACCAUCGCAAGACGCAUAGCUUGAUCGGUUCUAUAUGUCCCAACAGAACCCCAACUGAGUGUCAGUGGCGAAACUACCUAAGUCCAAAAAGUGUGCCUUGGUUGAUGGACCACAAAAUACAAGGCCAAGCAGUGUUUCCUGCUGCGGGAUACAUCUCAGCCGUGAUCGAGGCCCUUGAGCAACUAUACCCAAAUCAAGACAUCAAGUUGGUCGACUUCAGCGAUAUCAGCAUUGGUCAAGCUUUACUCAUACCGGCGGAAGGUGAAGUGGAGAUCCUCGUGGAAAUAUCCAUACUCGUGGAUGUCGAUGAACACGUGGAUGCCAGCUUUUCCUUCAGCUCAGAUUCCGCGCGAGGAUCCGCUGACCUGGUAUCCAAUGCCUCUGGCAGACUGCGUAUUAUCAAGGGCCCAGUAUCAAGCGAAUUGCUACCAGCUCCAUCGAUGCCAGAGGGUCGGUAUGUCGAAGUACAGCCUGAACUAUUCUACGAAUCAGCUCACGAGCUUGGCUAUGGCUAUACUGGGCCUUUUCGUGGUCUGACAAGAACGCAAAGAAGACUAAAUGAGGCCAUUGGGUUCAUCGACGUGCCAGAUGACACUACUGAAAACGAAAAUCCCCUGCAGGUUCAUCCAGGGAUACUAGAUUCUGCCAUCCAAGCUAUCCUUCUUGCUUAUUCCUACCCCGGAGACAACGAUCUCCGCCAACUUCAUCUGCCGGUAAAAAUUGAGCGUCUCUGCGUUGACAUUGGAGCCCGUCGUGUUGAUCUCGAUCGUCAGUCACAGCUGCGUUUCCAAGCAUAUGCAAUCCCAGCACUCACUGAGCUUAUUGGCGAUGUGGAGGUUCAUUCACACGAUGGUGGCCGCACCUUCAUUCAACUCCAAGGUCUGCACGUGAAACCUUUGAGUCCAUACUCACUCCAAAAUGAUGCGAAACUCUUCUUUGAGAAGACUUGGGGAUACGAAACACCAUUACCAGAUCAGAUACCUGAGGGGAACGGUGGCAUUAAGCAGCAGAUCGGCCAACACCUGGAGCAGGUAGCACAUGUCGUCAACCAGCUCAGCCAUCGCUUUCCCCGUAUGGAUAUUCUUGACGUUAGUGGGGGAUACCUAACAACCAUGCUUGGAGGGAGCGCUCGUGGCACCUUUUCGACGUAUACUGCUACAGAGCCAAUAUCCAAGUUCACGGGAAUUUCUGAAGUCGAUCUUCAUGAAGUCAGGACUGGCUCCCAAGUGGUAUUCAAGCACCUCGACCUCAAAGAGCCGGUGAACGACCAGGAUUUCAAACCGGCUUCGUACGAUCUGAUGAUCGCCUGUCUAGUGUUACACGAGAUAGACAACCUAGGGCAAACUUUGUCGCAGAUGAGGAAGCUAUUGAGACCUGGAGGGUAUCUCAUUGUGCUCGAGCGCACCGAUUACCACUCUGGCUUAACAAACAUCACUGGCAUACUCCAAUUUGCAAGCAAGGAAGAUUGGAAUUCCCUACUUUGCAAAGCCGGCUUCACAGUUAUCGCUACCAAGAAUCAGGAACGCAGUAGCUCAACUCCCUUUUCUUUACUCCUGAGCCAAGCCACAGAUGAGCAAGUACGCCCCCUCUUCGAACCGCUGACAGGAUCUCAAUCAGUGCUGCCAUCAUUGGGUCCUCUGUCGGUAGUGGGGGAUAAAUCAUUGACAACGUCGCUUGUCAAUUCCAUCGGCUCCUAUUACGACCAGGUAGUCCACUUUGAUCGCUUCGAUGACCUUGCAUCGUCAGGCCUUUCAUUUGGGACCUUCAUCAGUUUUGCGGAUUGCGGCAACGAUUCAAUUUUCCAGGGCAUGACAGCUACAAGGCUGUUGGCACUGCAAAAUAUGCUCAAACAUAGUAAGACAUUGCUAUGGGCAUCGUCUGAUACUGGUGCUUCCAACCCACACAAAAACAUGCUUGCUGGGCUACUGAGGACUGCAGUGCUCGAGAUGACGUAUCUUCGGACUCAGAUCAUCACAUUCACCACUCCAGAACAAGUUGAUGUCAACCUGGUAGCCAGGAGGCUCCUGGAACUAGAGGUAGGGGCGCAUCUGAGAGAGCAACGGCCCGACGAAGAUAUUUUGUGGCACGCCGAGCCGGAAAUACGGGUCGAAGAUGGGCGGAUUAAGAUCCCGAGGCUUCAAAUCCAAGAAGCUCAGAACCAGCGGCUUGCUUCAACCUUUAGGCCGGUGACACGACCGGUGGCCUCGAAGGAAACUGUCCUCGCUGUUGUAAGCAUGAAUGGCAGAAUGAAAAUGUCGACGAAGUCUAUGUCACUCAUGCACGGUAAUGGUGUACACCGCUUGAGGUACUCACUGCUCAAAACCGUUCCGAUUUCCAGCCGAACCAGGCUGUUUCUAUCCCUGGGUGAAAAGGAAGAGAGUGGAGAAUACUUCGUCGUUCUUACGAGCUCCCUUGAAUCGCGGGUGCAGAUUCCUCCAAGUUGGACUAUACCUGCACCCCGAUCGCAACAAGGCAUGCGAUUUCUGCUCUCGCUGUCUAGUCAGCUUCUGGCUCAAAGCGUUCUAUCCAAAGCCCAGGCUGGUAGGCCAAUCGUGGUCCUGGAUGCCAACAAACCAUUAGAAGAUGCUAUAGCCGACGUCGCAGCUGAGAAGGGCAUACGGCUAGUACUUCUGAGCACGCAGUACAAGAGCAACGCACGACCUCGAGCAUAUCUACACCCCCGAGCAUCGAAACGAGCAGUCUCGCAACUGUUGCCGGCCGACAUAGCUACGUUCGUCGACCUGGGCGUACCAUCCGAGCUUUCUUCUGUGGUCGAGGAUAUCUUGCCGCGCCAUUGCCAAAAGUUCUCGUCCUCAGACUUCCUGAGUGACUUUUCACAUCAUGACGGCGAUCCUCAGUGCGUACGCGAAGUAGGCGAUCACCUUGAAGCCGCCUGGAUAUGUGCUGUAAAAGCAGGGUCUGUGAAAGUCAAGAAGCCAUCGGGUCUUGCAAUUGAAACCCCAACUAGUAUAUUGCGUUUGGACGAUCUAGCCCACGAAGUCAUUCAGACGCAGGCUAUUCUUUCUUGGGAAACCCCGGAGACUGUGGAGAUACCGGUUCAGCCCGCCAGUCAGCUGGUUCGCUUUGCCAGCGACAAAACAUACUGGCUGCUUGGCUUGACUGGCGGCUUGGGCCAAUCUCUAUGCCGAUGGAUGGCAGAUCGAGGAGCUACAAGCAUCGCACUGACAAGCAGGAACCCUAAACUUGACGAGGCCUGGUAUCAAUAUCCAUUGAAUUCAGUAUGCCAUGUGCGCACUUUCGCAGCAGACAUCACAGAUCGACUCUCUCUACGAAAAGCCCACUCUGUAAUUACCGAGACCAUGCCUCCCAUUGCUGGAGUAGUUCAAGGAGCAGCCGUCUUCCAUGACACUGCGUUUCCUGAGCUUGAUAUAGAGAGACUGCACAAAGUGACAAGGCCCAAGGUCGAGGGUAGCACUUACGUGGACGAGCUUUUCCCAGAGGACACUUUGGAUUUUAUGAUCUUCCUGUCCUCCGUGGCCUACGUGGCUGGCAACGCCGGACAAAGUGCGUAUGCCAUGGCUAAUGCGUUCAUGGCAGGUCUCGCCGCCAAUCGACGCGCCCGCGGUCUCUCGGCCUCCGUGGUCAACGUCGGAGCAAUUCUGGGCAACGGCUACGUAUCUCGUGAGAUGUCGCGCGAGAAGCAGCUGGCAUUGGAGAGAGCCGGCUUCAUGUUUUUAUCUGAAAGAGCUUUUCAUGAGAUCUUUGCAGAGGGCGUUCUAGCCAGCCGGUCUGAUUUCGAGGGGAACUUUGAGAUCACAACUGGAAUUCGACUCGACGGGACUGACAAUUACAAGCAGACUUGGGCCUCGAAUCCUAUCUUUUCGCAUUUGGUGCCGAAGUUACGAGACAGAGCGGACAGGGCCAAGCAGCGAGAAUCUAGGGGUUCUUUGAAAUCAUCACUACAGCAGGCGAAAGACCACGACCAAGCAUACCAACUAUUGGAAGAUGCUUUCAUGGAAAAAUUGCAAUAUAGGUUACAGAUUGAUUCUGGCAAUCUGACCGCCUCGUUAAGCCUCAAUGCACUCGGAGUCGACUCGCUGGUGGCUGUGGACAUUCAGUCUUGGUUCCAGACAGAGCUCGGUGUGCAACUAUCAGUUCUCGACAUAUUCAACCCUCACCCAAUCAAAGCUCUUCUUUCUUCUGUGCAGAAGCAACUGGUGCUGGACGAGUUCACGCCGCAGCCUAGAGAAUUGCUAGCCGACGAAACACAUUCUGACACACCCGCAGAGCCCAGCGUGGUUCAUCAGCAGUCCGAAUCGGAUCAGACAACGGUUUCCGACGGAAAUGGUUCAGAAAUUGUGGAACGUGACUUGCAAUCCAUGCCGUCAGAGCCAGCCACAAUAAUAUCGGAUCCAGAAGACAAAAGGCUUUUACCUCCGGCGGUCGUUUUCGAGCGAAAUGUGCCAAUGUCCUUUGCCCAGUCACGCUUCUGGUUUCUUGGAUUCUUCGUGGACAACAAGUCCGCCUUCAACAUCGUUGUCAAGGUCGCAUUCCAAGGUCAGCUCGACGUUUUGCAGCUCAGAGACGCAUUCUUUGCGGUAGGGCAGCAGCACGAAGCGUUGCGUACUGUCUUCUACACCGAUGCGGCCAGCAAGAGGCAAAUGCAGGGUGUCUUGCCCCAUUCAAUCAUGGAACUCGAGCACUCUGAUGUUGAAGACGAAACCUGCAUCAAUAAAGUACUGUCGGAAAUGGCGGACCAUCAAUUCGACCUCGAAAGAGGACCACUGCUCCGUAUGAAGCUUCUAUCCUUGCCUAAUGGAACCUGUUCCAUGGUCAUCGCAUACCACCACAUUGUGAUGGAUGGCAUCGGGUUUCAGAUCUUCUGUGACGAUCUUGAGAAAGCUUAUAGCGGUCCUCUGAGUCUCAACGUAUGCCAGUAUCCUGACUUCACACUUCGAGAGAUACAAAGGUACGAACGAGGGGACUGGACCAGACAGUUCGACUACUGGUGUAUCAAGUUUCGGACACUACCCCCGCCACUCCCAAUCCUGUCACUGUCGCGGAAGUCUUUCCGACCAGAGAAAUCAACGUUCAACUCUCAUGGAGUGAAAUUCCGCGUCGAUCGAACUUUGAAAGAUCGAAUCGACGCACGGUGCAGUCGCUUGGAGGCCAAACCCUUCUACUUCUAUCUGACCGUCUUCUCCAUAAUGAUUUUCCGCUAUUCGGACCAUACAGUCAAAGAUAUGUGCAUUGGAGUGGCUGAUGGCAAUCGAAAAGAGAAGGAUGUUUUGUCAAGUCUUGGUCUGUUCUUGAAUUUGUUACCAGUCCGGGUACUGACGAAUCGGGACCAGCCAUUCGCGAAACUACUCAAGGACGUGCGAGAGACCACCAUGGAAUCUUUCGAAAACUCGCAGAUCCCCUUUGAUCUUCUACUAGAUCACUUGUCGGUGGAGCGCUCUACUUCCCACAGCCCCUUGUUCCAAACAUUCUUCAACUACCGCUCGAACAUCAAGGAAGCCCGGACGUUUCUCGGAUCUGAGGCCGAAGGCGAGUCGGUCACUGUCGGUCAAAACGCAUAUGACCUGAGCCUCGACAUUCUCGACAGCAACGGGAGAGAAGAUCUAGUCACACUUUCGGUCAGCAAAGAUUUGUACAGUAUACAGGAUGCAGAGGUGUUCAAAAACAGCUAUCUUGGGCUCCUUGAUCAUUUUGCAGAGAACCCCGCUGCCAAAAUCGCUUGGCCAUCCCUGCAUCCCGAAGAGGAGAUCAAGAAGGUCAUCGAUCUUGGAAGAGGUCUGCAACUUCCGUCGAGGUGGCGUGGCACUAUCAUCGAUCGUGUUGACCAAAUGACUGAGCAAUACGGGAUGAACUGUGCGCUCAAAGAUACCCAAGGGAAUUACCUCACUUACCAGGAAAUGGAACGGCGUGUUCACCAAUUGUCAUUAGAGCUAUGGAACCGCGAUUUGAGUCACGGUUUCCACGCCGGUAUUUUCCAAAAACCAGGGCUUGAUUGGGUCUGCUCACUUCUAGCCAUUUUGCGACUUGGCGGCGUCGCCGUGUCGCUCGAUGCUCAGCUAGGUGUCGAGAGACUGCGAACUAUGGUCCAUGACUGCCAGCCUUGUGUGAUCCUCACAGAUGAGUCAACCAACGAACAAGCUCAGACCAUCUGCGGUGCCGAGACAGAAUCAAUAGCUGUUUCCAGGACAAAAUCAGUCGGCCACUCUUGCCCCGUCAGAAGCCUGGCGAAAUCCAAUGAUACGGCAGUGGUUAUAUACACUAGCGGAUCGACGGGCAAGCCAAAAGGCAUAGCCAUUAAGCAUUCUUCGAUCUGCAAUUGGGUGGAAUUCGGACUUUCGAGAUGGGGACUUGUCGAGGGAGGCGAAGUCGUCCUACAACAUUCCUCGUAUGCCUUUGACAUGUCCCUCUGCCAGAUUUUCGUGGGCCUCGGGCAUGGUAACACACUCAUCAUACCCGAUAGCACGUUGAGAGGAGAUCCAAUGGCCAUAUCAGCACUUGUGGCCGAGAAAGAAAUCAGUGUUACACUUGCGACACCGACGGAAUAUAUCUCGUGGCUCAGGGAGGAUAAUCGCGAGUCUUUGGCCAAGUCGAGCUGGCGAGUUGCAAUGAGCGGUGGGGAAGGUGUCUCUGAAGCACUUGUUCAGAGUUUCCGGUCGCUCAGUUGUGCUGCGCUGCGUCUUGUUAACUGUUAUGGCCCUGCCGAGACUACCUUUGGGUGUGCCGACUCUAUGAUCUCGUAUGCUGAUGAUUCAUAUACCAUACCAGCCCUGACCCCUCUUCCCAACUAUUCUAUCCAAAUCUUGGAUUCGGACAUGAAACCUGUGCCCGCAGGCGUUUCGGGUCGAGUCGCUAUUGGAGGUGCAGGGACUGCGGCGGGAUAUCUUACAGAUGAAUCACUGACGAACAUGACCUUCCUCCCUAAUCGUUAUGCUAGUCGAUCAUUCCAUGACCAGGGAUGGACUCACCUGUACCUAUCCGAUGAUCGCGGGCGACUGGAUGAGGUAGGGCACCUGGUAUUGGAAGGGAGAACAGCAGGCAGUACGCAAGUCAAGAUCGGGGGAGUUCGGAUAGAAGUCGAAGACAUCGAGAGCAACAUUAUGAAGACAAUGUUGCCGAAGUUACGUCACGUUGUGGUGUCAUGCAGAAGUGGCAAGGAGCUGUCGGAGCCGGAUUUUCUUGUCGCCUUCAUCGUGUCAUCCAUUGACGUGUCGCAAGAAGACGAGGCGGCAUUUAGUGCGGACCUUCAGCGCAAUCUGCCAUUACCACGAUACAUGCGGCCAUCCGUCGUUAAGUUUCUACAAGAUAUUCCGAGGACAGCUUCAGGAAAAUUGGACCGAACCGCGGUGGAGGCUAUCCCGAUAGACUGGGACACGUUUCCUGGAGAGAAAAAUGUUGCUGCCGACCUGUCCGAUUUCGAAGAGACCUUACGAGGGCUUUGGGAAGAGGCAUUACCUGGCAACGCCGCUGGACACACCGUUAACAGAGAUACCGACUUCUUUCACGCAGGAGGCAACUCUCUCGCCCUCAUAAAUCUUCAACGACUGAUCAAAGACCAUUUGAUGGUGGAGGUUUCAAUACAUCAUCUAUUUCAGUCAAUCACACUCGAGAAGAUGUCGCGCCUGAUACACCAGAAACAGCAUCUACGAGAUCGAUCUUCACCCAAUGACUGGAAGAACGAGACUAGGAUAUCAGCCGCGCUGACAGAGCUAGCGGUAACUACUACUAGUAGCAACUUACCACCAAAAGCUAUCCCUCAAACAGUCGUCCUCACCGGGGCCACUGGCUUCCUCGGCCAAGAAAUACUGCAGCAGCUCAUCGAUGAUGAAAGAGUCACGAGAGUAAUUUGCAUUGCUGUACGGACACCCCAGCGGGAACUGGGGGGCAUCUUCCGCGAUGGCAAGGUCGACAUUCGGCAUGGCAACCUCGGCGCGCGGCAACUAGGACUAUCUGACCAUGAUAGCAGACAAAUCUUCAACGACGUCGACACAGUAAUCCAUGCAGCAGCCGACGUAUCAUUCAUGAAGACUUACGAGAGCUUGAGGCUGACAAACGUUGCGUCGACCAAGGAGCUAGUACGGCUGUGCCUACCACGCCGCAUUCCCUUGCACUUCAUCUCCUCAGCCACCAUCGCUCAGCUUUCCGGGCGAGAAGCUUUCGGGCCGGAAUCCGUGGCAGACUUCGAACCCUUGGAUGGUCUUACCGAUGGAUACACAGCAGCGAAAUGGGUCUCCGAAGUUUACCUCGAGCGCAUCAGUCGGCAGUUGGGCUUGCCUGUGACUAUACACCGGCCGACCAGCAUCACGGGUGAAGCGGCGCCAGAAUCGGAUCUCAUGAGCAGUUUGAUGCGAUAUGUGCGCAGACUCAAAGCGGUGCCAGAUGUCAACAAGACUUGGAGCGGUUACUUGGACUUCGUGUCCGUGCAAGCUGCUGCUGGCCGGAUCAUUGGUCAUGUCAAGUCUUCGCAAGACCGUGCUGCCGCAGGUGCCAAGUUUGUCUACGAGGCUGGCGACUUGGUGAUCAAUUUACAGGAUUUUCGGUCAGGUUUGGAGAAUGAGGCGGGAGAAGCAUUCAGUGUGGUUUCUGUGCGAGAAUGGGUAGACCUUGCAACGCAAGCUGGGAUGAAUGCGUUGCUAGCCGAGCAUCUGCAUUCUAUACUAAGUCGGAAGGCGUUGCUCCCGAGGAUUUUGAAGGAGGGUCAUGUGGAAAGCGAGGGUCAUUCAGCCACAGUGUGAUCGCAAUCAUGCUGUUUUGGCGGAACGUCUAGAAUGGUCAACCCCAGUAGACGAGGGUUUCGC